UCUCUGUCUGUCUAAAUUAUUGUAUUUACUGUAAUAAUAAUAGUAAUAAUAAUGAUAAUAUAACAAGGAUUGGGACGCUGCUUUACCAUGGACGACGGCGCACAGGUCGCGGAGCCGGAGGGUAAAGGGAAAGCCUUCUCCUUCCCCAACGGCGCGCUGCGGAAGCACCACCAGCGGUCGCCGCCGGUGGUCGAGUUCUCGUACCGGGAGUGCCUGAAGAACCACGCGGCCAGCCUUGGUGGCCACGCCCUCGACGGGUGCGGCGAGUUCAUGCUCUCGCCCGCAGCCGACCCCGCCGACCCCUCCUCCAUCCGCUGCGCCGCCUGCGGCUGCCAUCGGAAUUUCCACCGCCGGCUCCCGGGACCCCUCCACCGCCGACACCGCAGCAACGAUCAGGAGGGAGGCGGCGGCGACGAGGACGGGGAGGGGGAGGACGAUGAGGAGGCGGAUAUGGAUGGUGGGCGGGUGCACCCCUGGCCCCAUCUGAGCUCGACCUCGCCUCCGCUUUUCUACCCAUCCGCCCCCCACAUGCUCCUCGCCCUCAGCGCCGGCCUCCCGGGUGGCCCGGGGCCGAUCCCGGUGGCGGCCCCCAUCGCAGCCGUGGCCGCGCCAGCGGCGGCGGCGGAAUCGGCGCAGCCGAAGAAGAGGUUCCGGACCAAGUUCACCGCGGAGCAGAAGGACCGGAUGCAGGAGGUGUCGGAGCGGCUGGGGUGGCGGAUGCAGAAGAGGGACGAGGUGCUGGUGGAGGAGUGCUGCCGGGAGAUCGGCGUCGACAAGGGAGUCUUCAAGGUUUGGAUGCACAACAACAAGCAUACCUUCUUCGGCCAAGCAAGGAGAGGCGAGGCCGAUGGUGACCAAGCAGGCAGCGGCGGAGCUGUCGGCGACAACGAUGUCGGUCGGAUCGAGGCGAGCGGCCAGAGCGCCAACGGCGUCGAAGAUGGAGGUGGUGGCAAUGGCCACCCGGCGAACGGUUCUCCCUCCCCUUCUUGAGUGCGCUGAGCAUACACACUCUGCUAAUGACGUUGUUGCUGUUAUUACGGUUGUAGUGUUUGUUUGUUUACGGUUAAUUUGGUGCUCUUUUAUGUAAACUUCUGUUAGGCUGAGAAUAUAGUGUCGUGAGAGUGUCGUGAGAGAGAGAGGAUUGCAAGCAUUAGUUUAAGGCUUCAGUCCAUGAAAGAGAGUGGGAUUAAUUCUUUAGGAGUCAUAACCAUCACAAUCCUCCAAAACACAUGUUAAAAUAAUGUGUUUUACUUCUCCUUUCUAA